UGUGCCUGGUGGUGAGAUCUGUGGGAACAGCCAGAGGCACACAGCACAGCCACCCUGCUUGAUACUUCAUGAGAAAUUAUUAAUCCAGACCUAACAUGAGGAGCAUCUGCUGAAAAGUAAUAUCUCCUCUCUGCCGGGUUUACUUGUAUAGGAAGGAAGCUGUCAACCAUCCACGGAGGGAACAACAGCUCAUAAAUACCAAAACUGAGGUUUCCUGAGAUGUUCUCUGGACUCUGGACACUGGAGGGCCGCAGCUGGAAAAGGGCACACCCUUCAACAAAGCCAGUGAUCUUGCGAGUCCUCAGCAGCUAUAUGUUCAAGGUGGCUGAUGGAAGCAUCAUUAGUCUGAAAGAGGGAGAUAUCCUUCUACUGCUAAACAAGCUGGAUAAAGAUUGGUGGCAGGUCAGGAAGAUUGGAGAUUGUGAAACCAACAAACCAUUCAAUGUGCCCACUUCUUAUAUCAACGAGCUGAUCACUCACAGAAAUCUGGGGCAGCGGAGUAGAACAGAACGUAUAGUGAGUAAAUUAUUUCAUAGAUCCCAGGAUAACCUCCUCAUUCCUCCGUUCUCCUCCUCUAAAAUGGAAGAACAAAGUUGUAGUAACCAAACUUGUGAGGACUCUCGAAAUAAGGAGCCCAACAUGGGGAAAAUAACGGGGAGCUUGACAAGAGCACAUAAAAAGAGUGCCAGCUUCUCUCUGAGUUCUUCUUGGCAUGGACAGUUUCCUAAAAGUGAAAAGCAGAAAAACACAUUCCAAAAGUGCAUUUCUGAAAAGGUGAGUUUGGCUGGCACAAUGCAGGAUACUACACCAGUUUACUGCAACUUGGAAGAGAUGAAGCAGAGUAAAGGAGCUCCUCCGAGCCCUACGUGUUCUCCUGUCCUCAUUGUGGAAAACUGGGAAUAUCACGUCGACCCUAUUACAGGCAGGAACUUCUUCAUUAACAUAGAGACCAGAGAAAAAACAUGGAAGCCACCCAGAAGGUCGAGGACUCCAGGACGUGCAGUGACGCCCCCAGCAGAUUGUGAAUCAACUGAAGAAAGUGAUGAUUGCCCAUCCAAAGAACAGCCAGAGAUCGAUGACUCUGAGGGCCAGACUUUUCCAACAUUUGGUAGUUUGUCAUCUUCCAGCAGCAGUUUGUGCAGCCCCAGCAGCGAUGGAGAGAAACAAAGACUCAGCUACACUAGGUCUAUGGUCUUGUCCCAUUCACAAAGGCAGAGGAGUCACAAAAGAAACCUGUCCUAUCACACGGUUGAAGAUUUUAAUAAUGCAAACUUAAAUGCAGACCUUAAUAAGCUCACUGCAGUCACCGUGCUGGAUAUUCCCCAUGAGGUGGAGAAGGCAGGUCAGUUAAACAAGACUAAGAUAGCAGAAGGUGGAAGGAAACUGAAGAAAAAUUGGACCACAUCCUUAGUAGUUUUGACAGGAAACAGCUUAGUAUUUUAUAAGGACCCAAAAGUUCAGGCUCCGUCUGGUUGGAAACCCUCUAACAGUAAGCCUGAGAGCAGCAUGGACCUCCGAGGCGCCUGCAUAAAUUGGGCUCAAGACAUGUCCAGCAAAAAGAAUGUCAUUCGUCUCCGUAUGGUAACGGGUAAUGAGUUUCUUCUGCAGUCUGAUAAGGAGGGUGUUGUCCAGGAGUGGUAUGAUGCACUGCAGAGAAUCACUGAGAGGCUGAAACGAGAAAAUCCAUUGGAGGAAAUCAUUUUGAGGAGCACUGGAAGUAUGGAGAUCCUGGAUGGGAGUGAUGGUGAAGAGGACAGCCAUUUAAAGACAAAAGAUAGCCGGAAGUUUUUAUUGCCCUGGGUGAGCAAUAAUGCCGGCGGUGUGGAUAAAAAGAAGAUAAAGCAUAGGUUAAAGAAGAUGUUAAUGAAGAGGCCUCCUCUCCAGACAUUACAAGAGAAAGGACUUAUUAAAGAUCAAGUAUUUGGCUGCCGGUUGGAUGCCCUGUGUUAUCGAGAGCACAGCACAAUCCCAAAGUUUGUGCGACUUUGUAUAGAAGCAGUAAAUGAAAAAGGCCUGGAUGUAGAUGGGAUUUACAGAGUUAAUGGAAAUUUAUCCAUCAUACAGAAACUGAGGUUCAUUGUAGACAGGGAGAGGGCAGUAACAACAGAUGGACGAUACCUUUUUCCGGAACAGCUAACCCAAGAGGAGAAGUUGGAUCUGAACAGCCCCGAUUGGGAGGACAUUCAUGUCAUCACUGGUGCGCUGAAGAUGUUCUUCCGUGAACUUCCAGAGCCUGUCAUCCCUUUCUGUUUUUUUGACGAAUUUAUAGCAGCUGUUCAAAUGACUGAUGUUGAUGAGAAAGUGCAGAUCUUGAAAGAGCUCAUAAGAAAUCUACCAGAACCAAACCAUGACACCUUGAACUACAUAGCAUGCCAUCUGAACAGUGUCAGAGAGCACUCCGAGAUUAAUCGAAUGACCACUCAGAACAUUGGCAUUGUUUUUGGGCCCACACUGAUGAGACCGGAGAAAGAGCAGUUUGCUAACAUUGCUGCUAAUAUGGCGUAUCAGAACCAAGUUGUGGAAACUUUUCUUACUCACUAUGAUGAAAUCUUCCAGGACAGUCCAGAGGAGUAUAGAAAUUCACCCUGUGCAGAACCCGAAUGUGUGUCUAAACCCCACAUAAUACUGUCCACCCCUUUGUAGGACUAUCAUUUCAAACUCAGUAAAAGCCUCCAAGACGAACCUCCUUAUUUUUUCCUUCAGCAUCUGGAAUGGAUAUUUAUGUUGGGGAUGUAAAGCAAAGUGUAGGAGGUAUUAAAGGUACGAUGACUGUUUUAGCUAUUUAGCAAAGAAGCACAUAAUAUUGCUCAGUUUUUGGACCAAAUGGCUUUGACAUAUUCCUGUUUGAAGAGACAGCUGGAACUCACAUACACUGAAGUAAUUGAAGGUGAUGGCAAGGUCCAUACUUUGUUGAAUGCAGAUGUAGAAAUGAAUUGCAAUGUAUUAUUCUAUUUUUAUAAUAUGCUUAAAAUAUUUGUGUUUUGACAUUUU